GCAGAGGAGCUCCGUAGCCUGGAGCUGGAGCAGAGCCGGCACAGAGACCUCCUCCUCCUGCCAGAGCUGCGGGAUUCCUACGAGAACCUGACUGCUAAAGUCCUGGCCACGUAUGUGUGGCUGGAUCUGCACCUGGACUUUCAGUUUGCCCUGAAGGCCGAUGACGAUACCUUUGUCCGCUUGGACGUGCUUGUAGAAGAGCUGAGAGCCAAGGAGCCACGUCGCCUCUACUGGGGCUUCUUUUCCGGCCGUGGUCGAGUGAAAUCUGGUGGCAAAUGGAAAGAGAGCGCCUGGGUGCUCUGUGACUACUACCUACCCUAUGCGCUCGGUGGUGGCUAUGUGAUUUCUGCCGAUCUGGUGCACUACUUGCGUAUUAGCAGGGACUACCUGAACAUGUGGCAGAGCGAGGAUGUCUCCCUGGGCGUGUGGCUGGCUCCCAUUGACGUGAAGAGAGUGCACGACCCUCGUUUUGACACUGAGUAUAAGUCACGAGGUUGCAACAAUAAGUACAUAGUAACUCAUAAGCAAAGCAUCGAGGACAUGCUGGAAAAGCACCAGACCCUGGCUAAAGAAGGAAAACUCUGUAAAGAGGAGGUUAAGCUCAGGCUUUCCUACAUGUAUGACUGGGGAGUGCCUCCUUCGCAGUGUUGCCAAAGGAAGGAUGGCAUCCCGUGA